AGUUUCAUCGCAACCUUCAUUUCGCUCAGUGUGUUUUUAGUUUUGCUGCUGAUGUAGAAGCAAAACGAGCGGAUAGAUAUAUCAUCUAACAAAUUUUCCUCACACCUUCUACUCUUUACAACGAUUCUACAUCAUCGCAUAAUAUUCCGGUAUGUGACAUAGUAUGAUCACCCAAGUGUACUGUUACCGCGUUGUUCCAUGCAUAAUGCGGUUCGUGUGACGUGUCUCUGGAUUGUCGUAUUUGUGCAAAAAAAUAUAUAUAUUCACGGUUUCUUUCGAGGAAGGCCAGUACAAACAUAAUAUAGAUAGACGCCGAGAGUGAAGCUCGGCUUGUUUAUUUCUGGUCUAUUUCUGGGUUGAAACAGGGAAGGAAAAAUUCGGCUGCAUGACACCAAGCCGUGAAAACUAUAGUGACAAAAUUCUACACAUCACAAUAUGAUGUGAGCCGAACGGUGUCUAGGUAGAAGCUUACGAAAGAUAGAUAAGAGUGCAGUGUGAUUUUAUGCCGAAACGAAAAAUAACACAUCACGAAAAGAUAUUCAAAGUGCUUUAAUUGUGUUUCUUAUCUCGUAUUUCCGCAGAUAUCAGUAAAAAGUGUAUAAAACCUUUGACGAGGCAAAGGCUGAGUUUGGUUCGAAGUACGCGACUGUGGUUGAAAAGUGUGUAAAAAAGAGUGUACUAUCCGUAGAAAAGCGACGAGCAUUUUUCGAUAGUAAGCAGUGAAAUCAGUGAACGCACCAUGCCCCAAUACUACAAAGUGGAAAUCAACAAAACAGAAUGGGAAGUGCCGGAGAAAUACCAAAUGCUCACUCCAGUAGGGAGUGGGGCGUACGGACAGGUCUGUUCUGCAACGGACACACAGCACAGCGUAAAGGUGGCCAUCAAAAAACUGGCGCGCCCUUUCCAGUCAGCAGUACAUGCCAAACGAACCUAUCGCGAACUCCGCAUGUUAAAGCACAUGAACCAUGAGAACAUAAUUGGCCUGCUGGACGUAUUCCAUCCCGGAGGUAAUACGCUGGAUUCCUUCCAGCAGGUCUACAUGGUCACCCAUCUGAUGGGGGCGGACUUAAAUAACAUUAUUCGAACACAACGUCUCUCGGACGACCAUGUACAGUUUCUAGUCUACCAGAUAUUGCGUGGCCUUAAAUACAUACACAGUGCUGGUAUUAUACAUAGGGAUUUGAAGCCGUCCAACAUUGCAGUUAACGAGGAUUGUGAACUUAAAAUUCUAGACUUUGGUCUAGCUCGUCCCACCGAGAACGAAAUGACCGGUUACGUGGCAACCCGAUGGUACCGAGCGCCGGAGAUCAUGCUCAACUGGAUGCACUACAAUCAAACAGUGGACAUUUGGUCCGUUGGGUGCAUCAUGGCAGAACUGUUGACGGGUCGAACGUUAUUUCCCGGCACAGACCAUAUCGAUCAUCUCACACGCAUCAUGUUCUUCUGCGGGACACCCGACGAGGAGCUGAUGCAAAAGAUAACAAGUGAGGAGGCUAGACACUACAUCCGAUCUUUGCCUAAAACGGAGAAACGCAGCUUUAGUGAUGUAUUCCGCGGUGCUAACCCCCUAGCGAUUGACCUGCUGGAAAAAAUGCUGGAACUAGAUGCCGAUAAGCGUGUCACAGCUGAGCAGGCACUAGCCCACCAAUAUCUGGAAAAAUACGCUGAUCCUUCCGAUGAACCCACAUCGUCAUUGUACGAUCAAAGCUUUGAGGAUAUGGAUCUACCAGUGGAAAAGUGGAAGGAACUUGUGUUCCAAGAAGUGCUUAAUUUUGUCCCUCAGCAACAUGCGCACAUCGGUGGUGAAGCACAGUAAACUCAUAACUUCGACUGGUUUAAAGAAAAGCCAUCAUUAGAAUGGAACGUUAAGUGAGAAUACUUUUUUUUCAAAUAGCUUCUAGAUAUUACUUAAUAUGUCUGCAAACUACCAGCGAACAUCAAUCCUAUCAAAUAAAGUUUUGAAUACACCCAGCUAAGAGAACCUAUACCAGCAUACAAUCUAUACCUAGAAUUUCUAGAAGAAGCUAAAAAUAAAGACUCCAAUCUAUUGAAAGAGAGUGAUUUGUGAUGUGAGUAAUAAACGACAAUUAGUAUUGAAUGGCUUAAUUGGCAGGGAUUUAUUUCUUAAAUGCAAACGAUGUUACAUUACAAAUUAUGUAUAAGAUACGUUUUGUAUGUAAAGAUUGUAUUUUCAAAUUGGUUGUUACAUAUAUUGUCAAAUUUUCAAUAAAAACGAAAAUGCACAGUAAA